AUGCCGGAAGGUAACGGUGAGAAGUGGGAUGAUCACAGCCUUGGGCAAGUUGAGGGGAUUAUGGUUUACCACAAUUCUAUUGCCGUACGCUCUCUAGGUUUUCUCUGUGUUAAAGACAACAUUAACCAAAUGUCUGAACAACACGGAAAAUGUCUUGGAAAAUGCGAAAUGAUCAUACUGGAUUAUCCAACCGAGUUCUUUAUUGGCGUGUAUGGGUUCUAUUACACCAGUAGUUCUAAUACUCAUGUUAUCAGGUGUAUAACAUUUGUGACUAACAAGGCCACAUAUGGACCUUUUGGUGGAUCACCUUAUAGUACCGCUGAGAGUGCAUUUAGUUUACAGUUAUGGGGGAAAGAAAGCAAUAGGAUUACAGGAUUUUUUGGUACUUCUGUCAAUACCAACCUUACAAGUUUUGGAGUUUACAUACAAAAAUCAACUCCUAGGCAACCUGGGAAAUCGGAUGGAAAUGAAGUCAAAAGUGAAGUGUAA